AUGUCUGAGAUGUGGACCGACCAUGGCAUCUCGCCCAACGGGUCACCGGGUCCUAUCGACUCCGUUCCCUUGCAAUCAGAUCAACUUCUUUCUUUCCGGUCCUUCCAGCGCAACAACUUUGUCAUGCUAAAUCAAUGGGACCAGCCUGUUGGCAUAAAUGUAGCGGCACAGCUCCAUGGAAUGUUCUUCUUAGCGGAGAGUCCAUGGGAUGCCAACAGUGGACCAUCAGUCCCUGGGUCUGCUACCCUUCCCAAAGAAUUAACUUGCUACCGACGAAACCUCUUUCAAGUUAGCGGAUCAAUUCAUCUUCCAGCGGUUAGCUGUGUCAUUGUCAGUGAAAAUGAUGCUGAAAUAACUGCGGAGGAUAUCCAAUCCGGACAACGCCGAGUGAUCCAAUCCCUCGAGGCAACCAUCGGCGGAAUUGAGAACGUCGAGCACAAUGCUGUUAAAAUUAUCACGGUACCAUGGAAGAAUGCCGCAACCGCCCCUGCAGCCGCUGCCGCCCAGUCAACUGGUCAGGCUGCAGGCAAUCCCGACGAAUAUCCUUCAACUGCUGCCACCACCACCGGCAGACCCAUGGAGAAGGAACCAGCGCCCCUUUCUUUCAACUAUCCUGCUGCAUACUAUGCCAACCCUAAUGGUAUCCAGCCCGAAGAUGAUGAGGCGGAUAGUUUAAAGUGGCAGAUGAAUUGGAAGCGACUACAGUUUCGCAGUGCUACGGCUAACAAUGGCCGAAGGAAGGAUCUCCAACAACAUUUCCUCGUCAAAUUAUCGAUUUAUGCAAAUCUUGUGACCGAAGAUUUGCAGGGCGUUCCUACCGACAAGGUCGAGAGGGUCCUCCUUUGCGAGGCUUUCUCCGGAGCGAUCAUCGUGCGUGGCCGUAGUCCACGAAACUUUUCUAGCCGAAAUGAUAUUCCCUUGACUGGAAGCGCUAUCGUUAGCUCUCGACACUCCCAUAACAAUGCCAAUGCUCAAAUUACAUCGGCCGCAAAGAAGGCUCGUCAUAUGUCAUCAGGAUCACAAGAAGAGGAGGCGCCAUCCGAAAUGAUGUACACGCCAGACUUCGCAGGACAAUAUGCCGACUACCCAAUUUUAGAACAAUCUUUCCAAAUGCCCAACGACAUGAACUUCGAUUACUCUACACCCUCCGCUUGGAUGGAUCCUUCCUCUUCAUUGUCGAUGCUUCAGUCGCCAACAGGCAUGAUGCAACCACAACAACAGGGUGCCCUUUUCGACCCAAGCGGAUCUUACACUAACCUCUCUGACCCUUCUGGUUCUCGCGUGAAUUUGGCUGGCAUGAUGUAUUCGGAAGAAUUCAGCCCUGCUGCCACUCAAACAAUGUUUAGCCAAAGCAUGCCAGCUACCACCAUGGGAGCUAUGGCCCCACCUUCCCUCAGUCACCGAUUACCUAGACCCACCAACAGCAUGGAAAGCCCUUCCAUGGACCUUCUUUACGAAUACUUCCCGAUCGGCGUUGAUGACUACAUGCCCCCUGUGGAGGUAGUUUAUCGACCCCACAACGCCCACCACCUCACCCAAGCUCCGCCUAGCAAAUCUAGCGGCCGAAGCAAGCGACUAUUCUCCGAAACUCCAUUUGAAUAA